CUGGAGAAAGAGAAAAAUUGACUUUUUUUUUGGGUCUGUUGCUCUUUAACGUUAACUUCUAACCUAAUUGGUAGUAAUUAGAACCAUAAAAUAAAAAGGUCAACACCAAACCUGUAAUCUCUCGCCCAACAAUUUUCCAUCUUUUCUCAUCGGAGGAGAUAAGUGUUUCUAAUUUGCUUUUGAGAUCAAUUUGCAUUCCAUACUAGGAGAUGUGCUUUAGUUGUUUAGUUAUUAGGAAGCUCAAGCAGUAGUCUUUACCAGGAAGAGGUAUGUGUUUCAUUGAGACACUGCACCUCCCUUUCAAUGGGUAGUUUUAGAUUUCUUGUGUGGCAAUAGGAUGUAGGCAUUAGAGUUUAGAAUGGGGACAGAACCAUAUUCUGUAACAAGAAAUGGCUGGUAUGAAUGGGAGAGAUUUGGAAGAAGUGUGUGAAAAAUGUACUAUUGAUUUAAAGGGGAUUUAUAUGAUGCAGUUAAUUUUUGGUGGGUUGAAGCCUUGAAGGGGGAAGGGUAGCAUUUGAUAUUUGGCCUAUUCAGUGUUAACAAUAGCGAGUGGGGAAAUAUGAAUGAAAAGGCACCAGCAAGUGGGGAAGGGCUUGAGGAUACCCCUGCUAUUUCUCCCCCUUAUUUAACAAAAUCUCAUCACUUUGGCUUGGAAGCAUUUUAUGGAUAUUGCUGUUCUCCACUUCUACUCUAUUGUCUGUCUGCUUCCAAUUUGAACAUUUCAGAAUAACUGUGAGUUGAUGUAUGCAGAACUGGUAGAUUCAUUUUAUGGAUAAAACGAACCCUGGCAAGAAGGUAGCAGAGGAAGUGACACGAGAGUCACUCAUUGCCAUCUCUUACGCUGAACCAGACAAAGUUGUUUCUUCAAAACUCCCAUCAGAGAAUUUGAAUGGUGAAAAGCUGGUUAAUGGCGCUAACCAUGAUGGAACAGAAAAGUACAGAUCUGAGCUAAUCUCCAUAUCUUAUACAGAAUCACCUGACAUUAAGGCCUCACCAGUUACAGAGCAGGAUUAGUCUUGUUUCCCAUUAGGGCCUAACUUCUGUUUCUUCUUUCCUCAUCUCUUUUCAGAGAGGUGGGUGAGGGUUGUGGAUGGCUGCCUGUAAUCUUUUCUAGUUUGUGUUCACUAUGGUCAGGAACUCUUCACACCUAGUGUGUUUAUGUUGUAAUCUGCAUUGGAGAUGCCUAAAGUGCAUCUUUUAUUCUUGAUUGCUAGCUGUAUGAACCUCACAUAGAUUUUUCUGUUUGGAAUGCUUCUCUUUGCAUGAAUGAAUAUAUCAUCUUUCU